CACAAUCGAUCCGCAACCAUGGCAAACAAAGCUCUCGUCCUUCUUGCCGUGCUCUUCUGCGCCCAGGCCGUCCUCGGGGUGACCAUCAUCUCCAAGUCAGAGUGGGGCGGCCGUUCCGCCACCAGCAAGACCACGCUGGCCAGCUCCCUGAGCUACGCCGUGAUCCACCACACCGCCGGCAACUACUGCACCACCAAGGCUGCCUGCAUCACCCAGCUGAAGAACAUCCAGGCCUACCACAUGGACUCCCUUGGCUGGGCUGACAUCGGCUACAACUUCCUGAUCGGCGGCGAUGGCAACGUGUACGAGGGUCGCGGCUGGAACGUAGUGGGUGCCCACGCCACCAACUGGAACUCCAAGUCCAUCGGCAUCUCCUUCCUGGGCAACUACAACACCAACACCCUGACCUCUGCCCAGAUCACCGCCGCCAAGGGUCUGCUGGCCGACGCCGUCUCCCGCAAACAGAUCGUCUCCGGAUACAUCUUGUACGGACAUCGCCAGGUCGGCUCCACCGAGUGCCCCGGCACCAACAUCUGGAACGAGAUCCGCACCUGGUCUAACUGGAAGGCCUAAGCAUGCAUCAAGGCAUUUCUAAAACAAAAAACAAAAUAAAAAAACAAUUUAAAUAAAACGCUAAAAAAAACAAUCGCAUAUACUAAUUGAA